UCUAAACCAAACACAAGAUUUGCAUAAACUUUCCAGACAACACACUUCUUCUGAAAGGUCGCAAAAAUUCUCGGACGGAUUUGGCCGAAACGGUGGAGAUCAAUGGCGCAAAUGUUACUGUAACAAACGCGGUGAUUUUACGCGUGGUGUCAAUUUCGGUGUUGUCACACGCGCUUUGUAAUGGCGGAUCAUUUAGAACUUGUGAGUGAAAUUCCGAAGGUCGAGAAACUUUCCGUGCAAGAUCGCCUAGAACUCGCAAAGAAGCGACGAUCUCAACAACUGAGACGAUGGGAAAGAGAGAAAGAUAAAGAAUAUGGUCCACCACCACCUAAAAAGAAACCUCAACGAGCAAGACCAGUGAAAUUCGAAGCUAGAAUUAUCCUUUUGGAAGCCGCUUCUCGAGGCGAUUGCGAUGAAGUGAAAAGGAUGCUUGAUUAUGGAGUUGACCCAAACUUAGCUAACGACGACGGACUAACUGCGUUACAUCAAGCUUGCAUUGAUGAGUGUGAUGAGAUAGCAGAACUUCUUGUGGGUUAUGGUGCCAAUAUUGAUGCAGAAGACCGUGAAUUGUGGACACCUUUACAUGCUUCAGCAGCAUGUGAAAACUAUUCGAUGGUCCAGUAUUUAGUUGAAAAUGGUGCUGAUGUUGUUUCUAUCAAUGCUGAUGGAAACUUGCCUGUUGAUUUGGUUGAAGAAGAUGAUGACUUGAAGAAGUUCUUACAUGAAGAGAUGAACAAAUAUGGAUUUAAUGAAGAUAAGAUCAAUGAACUUGCUCUCUUAAGAGAGAAACGGAUGCUUGAAGAUAUUAAAGAUGCAAUUGAAAAGAAAAGAGACCUGGAAAUCAAGGAUAUGCAAGGCGCAACAGCUCUACAUGUUGCAGCAGCUAAUGCCUAUGAAGAAGUGUUAGAAUUCUUACUUGAGAACGAUGCAGAUGUAGAUGUCGUGGACAGGGAUGGGUGGAAACCUAUUCAUGCUGCAGCCUGCUGGGGAAAUGAAAAAGCAAUUGAACUACUCGUAGAGCAUGGAUCUGAUCUAGAAAGCAAGACACCUCAUGGGGAAACUCCAUUAGAUCUAUGUGAUGAUGCUGACAUGCGGCAGUUCAUCAUUGAUCUUAAGGGCAAAAUGAAGACAAACAAGUUUAAAGUGAAAAAUAAGAGGAGAAAAAGAAACAACUCAAGAUCGUUGUCUGUCAAACGAUCCAGUCUCAAAGAAAAAAUUUCCAUUUCUCAGAAUGAAGCCAAGGCAGAAGCAAUUCUUCGACAACAUCCUGAACUGGCCUUCCUCAUUGCGAAGGACAAGAAGACAGAUUAUGGAUCAAAUCAAUUGAACAUGAGUAUAGAAGAUACCACUCUACCUAAAAAAGAAUCUCCUUCACCAGCAAGACCAGAGGUUGACGAGAGAAGUGCUGGUACUUAUGGGAAAGAGGUCACUGAAAAUUCAACAACAGUGAAAUACAAAAGAACUUCAGAAGUGAAAGAGACAGUUGUGACAAAUACUAUCAAUGUGAAAGUUGUAGAACAAGGAAAUAAUGAAAAGGGGAACAAAACUCUAUCUAGCACAGAGAAUCACAUUGAACAUCUCAAAAGUGAAAGAUCUAGAGAACUUCUUCCAAAAGGGAGAGAGGCAACUGUGCCAGGACAGGGCACUGAUACAACAAAGAUUCAACACAAUAGCCAAAAUGAUUCAAAAGAGCAUGUAUUACAAGAUAAAACAAACUCCAGGCCCUCAGAGAAAAUAGCAGUUCCUUCACAGCCACCUUCAGGUCGCCGUCAACUUCCGGUGGAUCCAAGAAUACAACAAGCUACAAAAGAGAAUAACAUGGUAAACAUUAAUCACACUAGUCAGGGAGUUGUUGCAUCCAAGGUCGAAAGGACUCCUGCAAGCAAAACUUCAUCAGAGCUUAGUGCCAACUCUAAUUCAACAGCACAGACUGUCACAUCUAUGCCUAAAUCCACAAAGACAAGAGCUGCUCCUCCAGUACCAAGAUCAUCUGGAAGUACAGGCAGUAGGACCCAGGUGCCAUUUUCUGAUACAUCAGGCUACCGAGAUUCAUUUUCCAAAAGGAAGUCAAGAGAUUCUCGGGAAAUUUCAGAUACUGCUUUGCAACAGUUAGCAAAGGAUAUCAAGGAGUCAAAAGUAAUUUCACCAUCAGAUGUCAGACUGUCUUCUGAUGCUAAAAAUGCCAAGUACACACCCAAUCCACGGAUACCUCAACUGCAACAGCAGAAUGAUACUCCAGCAACACUGCAUGUCUCUUCUGAAACAGUUCCCAUGAGUAAUAUAAUUGACACAAACAAUGUAACUAAUAACAGCGUAGAAGAACCCAGGCGUAAAUUCAAACAACCUGCUGGUGCUCCAGAAGUGGGAGAUCAUAAAAAGUCUUGUUGUGUUAUCAUUUAAGCACUCCAAGAUGGCAAUGAAGCAUUGCAACACAACAAUUACUUAAAAUUGUGUUCUUGUGACAACUUCUUGGCUGCCAAUUGAAAGUAUCUUAGGCAGUCAUUAUGGGCCUCACAGCUUUGAUGCUCUAAGAUGUUAGAUAAAUUUUUCAGAGAUUGCCAGGAAAACAAGUUAGAGGUUUUCGGUUUUUUUUUGGAGUUGUGGUAAAAUGGAUCACAGUUCAGAUAGCGUUCAAGUUGUCUGCGAACCAAGUUUGUUAGCCCAUGACAAAAUUUAAUGGAAACAACACAGAUGUGGUUCAAGAAAGACUGGGGAAAGUAAAAAAGCUUGGUCCUUACAGAAUGGUGCUCACAGUAAAUACUUUAAGUAAAGUGUUCAGCAGAAGCUCCUUGUAACAUCCACGAUUGAUCUGUGCAUGCAUUCCAUUGCAAAAGGCAGCACAUUCAAUUAAAAAAAUGCAUGCACCAAUGAUAGAAACAAAAACAACAUGCAUGUUCAAUGUAAUAGUUACACACCCUUCAUUUUGCAAUGGACUUGUAGUGGGCUGCACACACAGCUUGAUUGCUGCUGCUAUACACUCCUGCUAAACUACUCCAGAAAAAGUAUGUGUUGAGAUCUUGCUACUCAGUUUAGACAUCUCUGUGCCAAGUGACAAGAAAAGAAGAGCUACAAAUUAGCACCGAAUAGCUAUAAAUAUUCUAUUCAAGGAGAUUCAUGAAAAAAUUGGCAUUGUGGACAAAUGUAAAAUACUAUUUUUGUUAGUUUUUUUCUCUUUCUAUUUUGAGAAUUCAAAUAUUUUUAGGUUAUUGCAAUUAGGGAAACAAGCAUAGUUGAAUUAUGUUGCACAUCUGAAGACAAGAUUUCAUGAAGAAAAAAAUGACAGAUUUGGAUGAAAAUUUUAAAUGCAAUAAAGAAGUGUUGGUGCAUUGAACAAAUCACACAGACUUUUGAUUUGCUAGACACAGGUGUACUUAAUUUACAAAUUUUAACUCUUUUUUUUUUUUACAAAAUUGCCAGCCUCUUGGGUUGGUUUGUCUUUCAGGUCUUAUCCAAAUUGGACAAAGUUUUUUCCUAUAUACUUAAGGAGUUUAUUGUCUGUGGUAAAAGAAUUAAUUUAUGAGUCAGAGCACAUUUUCUCUUGCUACUAAUUUAAGAAAAUCAGAGAAAAGGAUGGUCCACUUGGCUGUAGAAGUAUCUUAAUUUGUCCUCUCCCUUUGAUGUAGACAUUUCUAAACCUCUGUUGAGGAAAGACAUUACUUACCAACACAACCAAAUUUGACUGAAAAGGACAAAAGAUAUUUAUUGCUUUUUAGACUAUAACAGUUCCAGAUUGGAAAUGAUCCGAAUGUUCAACAUUUAUGUCCCAUUGUGCCAUCUAAGAAAAAGUAUUGUGGCUGUCAUAACAUGUUUCAGAGUUAGUGGAAUAGUGAUGUCUAGAAAAAUGAGGAAACUACAGACAUUUAUUUUGUGAUAUUUUUUGCACUGGUAAAAUGGGGGAAGAAGCAUAGUGACUUUCUUGAUGGUGUUACAUUUAAACAGUAGCCUCUAAUUGACGUGAAUAAUAUGCACAGAUACAUAUCUACAGACAAUUAUCAGUUCCAAGAUAUGAACAGCUUUGUGAGAGUAAAGCUGGAGGAAAACUGUGAGCUUUAAUGAACACAUUGUGUCCUAGAACAAAUAUACAAGCAUAUUUUUGUGCAAAAUAGAGGCUAUCAUGUUUAUUAUCCUUCAAAUAUUUGCAAGCCAUGUAAAAAAAUGUUUGUGAUCAGCUUACUGUUACUGUGCAGGAUGUUUAAGAGUUUUCUCUGGUAGGACUUGAGGAACAAAUAUUUCCCUUCUUUUGUAAUAACAGAAAACUCUCUCUCACCUUGAAAUUUUAAAAGAAGAUUUGUCAUAAUGGAUGCAAGGUUUGAAAAUUGGGGCACACUCGGAUGAUAUCUAAGGGUAUCCCCCAGUUUAAGCUCCUGGGGAAAAUCAGUUACCUGAUGGGCUUAGACCUAUUGCAUCUAAGCAAGAAAUUUAAUUGAUCACAACCUUGGAUAUUCCCCCAGCUCUAUAUGAGGUAUACUCAUUUUAUGUUAUGCAUUUAGACCAAUCAUGCCAGCACAAAUAACUGUUAUAGCUGUUGCUAAAGUCACUUCAGUCUGCAUUUUUGAUCAGUCUGAUUAUAAGAAACAAGCCUUGAAUUCUGUCAAAAUGCUCUGUCACUUCUGCUUGCUUUGUUUCUGAGCAGUGGUGGCACAAUUUAAUUAAGUUGUAGUCAUUGUUUCAAAUGAUAUGAUUGAUUACAUUUAUUUAAGUUAGGACCAUGGUAAAAGUGGCUCUGUGAAAUGAGAGAAAGAAAGGAAGAAAAAAUAUCAUUUUGUAUUUUCAAGUCAUUCAUGUUGUAAAAAAUAAAAUUAGAGAUUUUAAAAUAGUGACAGUUUCAGAUAGCUGACUGCCUGGGAACUUAAGGGAGCUUUGUUUAAGCAACUUGAAAAGUUUUGCUACUUUUUCACAAAAUCGCUAUUUGGAGUCUAUGUCAUUCUCAACCAGCCCAGAACCAUUAUUUGCUCUUUAUGCUUAGUUCUCCUGAUUUGCUGUUUUUCUACCCUGUAAAUCUAUUAUUUGACAGUUAAAUUCUGCCU